AUGCACGUACUUAUAUCGUCGUAUAGACUUUUAGCACCAGUUAGCAGCAUCCUGCAAACUGUGCUGCCGUAUCCAUACAGGGCGAUGUCCAAAGCUAUUAAAAAAACAAUGGAUUUCAACACGAAACACUUGAAAAAAGGAGACCCAGUACCAGCAUGGAAUGGCAAGUUACGCCUAUACAACAUGAGAUACUGUCCGUUUGCACAAAGAUCUGUUCUUGCGUUAAAUGCGAAAAACAUUGAAUACGAAAUGGUUAACAUUGAUCUUGUCAAUAAACCAGAAUGGUUGAAUAGCAAAAGUCCAUUAGGAAAAGUACCAUCGCUAGAAAUAGCAGAGGGAGUGUGUAUAACGGAAAGUUUAAUCGUGAGCGAAUACGUCGAUGAAGCCUUCCCCCAACGUCCGCUUCUGCCUAAGGAUCCAGUUAAAAGGGCGAAGGAUAAAAUCAUUAUAGAGAUGAUUACUCCGGUACAUGUAAUAUUCUUCAAAGUCUUAAGAGCUCGCGACUCAAUAUCUGAUGAAACAAUUCGUGCCUACGAGUUCUCAUUAAAUUUUAUUGAAAAUGAAUUAAAAGCAAGAGGAACAACCUUCCUCGAUGGCAGUCAACCUGGUUUCGCCGACUAUAUGAUUUGGCCCUGGUUUGAAAGGCUGGCGGUUACAGCUGAGCUUGAUCCAAGAGUAGCUGUCAGUGAGAGAAAAUAUCCCUUAUUGGUACGAUACAUCAAAGAUAUGGAGAAGGAUCCAAUUGUUAAAGAGUAUAUCAUACCCAAUGACAUGUACAAGAAGUUCUUCGAAGGCUACAUGAGAGGAGAACCCGAUUAUGAAUUGUUUAAUCAUUGA